GUCAUACACUGCAAACUUAGCCGCAUUUUUGACGGUCGAAGUCAUACCCUAUCCCUUUGAAAAUGUGGAGCAAUUGGCCGCUCAGUCCAAGAUUAAGUACGGGUGCACUAAGAAUGGGGCCACUCAUAAGUUCUUUAAUAACUCCAAUAUUGGGACGUAUCAGAAGAUCGCUACGAAUAUGGGCAAAUGGGAUGUCUUUAUGGGCGGUGGUAAGGGAAGGGAUUACGUGGAGAAAGCCGACGGGAAGUACGCAUAUUUUAUGGAGGCGGCGCCCAUUGAGUAUAUCGUUGAAAGGUAUUGCAAUUUGACUCAAGUGGGAGGUCUGCUCGACAAUAAGGGUUACGCUAUCGCUACUAAAAAAGGGUCACCCCUAAGGAAUCCCUUAUCGCAAGCUAUCCUCAAACUACAAGAGGACGGCAUACUUCACCAGUUGAAGGAGCGGUGGUGGAAGCAGAAGGGCGGCGGACAGUGUAUCGCCAAGUCGUCGAGUUCUCUGGCAGAGUUGGGGCUCAAGAAUUUGGGCGGAGUUUUCCUGGUACUUCUCGGCGGAUCUAUUGUCGCACUUUUGAUGGCUUUCUGUGAAUUCUUGUAUAAGAUUAGGAAAGAGUCUAAAGAUGAGAAUAUUAUGGGCGUACUAUUAGAGGACUUCAAGUUUGCAAUGAUGUGUCAGACGUCGAGUAAACCGACGAGAAGUAAGAGUAAGAGUGAGAAGAGUUUGAAUGGCAGCCGAAGUUUCAAUGAUAGCAAAACUGGUUCCUCACCACGACUUGAGACACAAUAUUCUGGAUAUUAUUAAACUUUUAAACUCAAGUUUGACGAUAAGUUUAUUUUUAGUUUUAUCAUUAAAUGAUACACUAUUUAUAAAGUACAGUAUAUUAGUCAUAAUUAAUGUAACACUAGAG